ACUUCUUUCUUGGGGUCCAAGGACAUUCAUCUGUCAUGAUGUUAUUUAUUUGGUAUUUUGUUUGUAAGAGAAAAACCUCCCUUCAAAAAUCAACCAUUGUUGCUUCGGCGUCUCCUGUGGUCGUCACUAAUUAUAGCGACGUCCCGUUUCCCCCAACGACCGUCACAUCCUGUUUGUCCAAUGGGAACACAGUGCACACUGUGGACAGACCCAGGUUCUGAGGAGACUUAGAUCCAGUCAGAUGAAAAACCCCGUAGCUGAGGAAGGAGGAGAGAGGAGAUGCUGAGGAGAUCUGGACUAUAAGUGAAGAAGAGGGAGAAAAGAGUCCUGAGCAAGUGAAAGGUCCAACGAAGACAACCUGUGAAGACAAGUGAGGUGGAAGGAGAGAGCAGGAAGAUGAGACGCUGACAGAAGACAAACAAAGGAGGAGAAGAAGAACUAAGAGAUAGGGGAGUGCUGAUGUUGCUGGGAGGAGACGAGGAGGAGGUGCAGAUGUGUCUGUUAGCAGAGAGUUGAUUUAACACCUGACCUGUUUUGAGGAGGAGUCCCUGAUGAUGGGCUGCUGUCUGUUUGUUUACUAUAGGAAGAAGAGGAAGCAGGCCAGCAGGAACGCAGACGACCUCAGUCUCUGCAGUCUGGACAUUAACGAGCCCAGCACCAAGCGCAGCAAAUCUGUGUCCAGGGUCAGGUCGCUAGCCAGCCUGCUGCCGCCCGUCAAGUCAUCACAGCUGAAGCGGAUCGGUCAGACUCUGCAGCGUUCUGUUGCUUUUCGUAGCAACAGUCGGACAGACGGCGCUCCUCUUCCUCCUCCUCCUCCUCCUCCUCCUCCAACUUUGAUGACGAAGACGAGCGUUGUCACAUCAACAGUCAACCACGCGUCUUCCACGCUGACUGCUUCAUAUGUCUUCAUGGCAACAGCUGCAGCAUCCAAGCGCCGUGACAGCAAGCUCUGGAGCGAGACAUUCAACGUCCAUUUGGGAGCGGCCCAACCUUUGACCUCAAAGGAGAUAAAACGACAAGAGGCGAUAUUUGAGUUGACUCAGGGUGAGCGCGACCUGGUGGAGGAUCUCAGGUUGGCUAAAAAGGCCUACCAUGACCCCAUGCUGACACUGUCAAUCAUGACCAAGCAGGAACUGAACCAGAUCUUUGGUACUUUGGACUCUCUAAUACCGCUGCAUGAAGAUCUUUUGAGUCGCCUCCGAGAAGCCAGAAGGGCUGAUGGGUCCACAGAACACGUGGGACACAUCCUGUCUGACUGGCUGCCCUGUCUCUCUGCCUACACGCCAUACUGCAGUAACCAGGUCAAGGCCAAAGCCUUGUUGGACCAGAAAAAACAGGAUCGCCGUGUCCAGGAUUUCUUGCAGCGCUGCCUCCAGUCACCGUUCAGCAGGAAAUUGGAUCUGUGGAACUUCCUCGACAUCCCCCGCAGUCGGUUGGUCAAAUAUCCGUUGCUGCUCAGGGAGAUUCUGAAGCACACGCCCUGUGACCAUCCAGACCACCAGCACCUGGACGAGGCGGUGCUGAUGGUCCAGACCGUGCUGGCGGACAUCGACAGGCGGACGGGCGAGUCGGAGUGUCAGUUCUACAAGGACCGCCUGGUGUACAGUGAGGACGGACACAGGGACCAACUCAUUGAGCAGUCCAGAACCCUCAGCUGCCACGGAGACCUGAGGAACAACAGAGGAGCCAAGUUCCAUGUGUUUCUCUUCCAAGACGUUCUGGUCAUCACCAGGUCCAUCUCACUCAACGAUCAGCCAGUCAGCUACCAGCUGUGUCGUCAUCCAAUCCCCACCCGGGAGCUAGACCUGGACGACAUAUCAGAUGGCGAGAUGAGAGUGGGCGGUUCCAUCAGAGGGGCCUUCAGCAACAAUGAAAGGACAAAGAACUUCUUCAGCGUUUCAUACCAUACUGGAGGUCGGCUACAGAGCCACUGCUUCCAGGCGAGUGAUGCCUUCAACAAACAGCAGUGGAUCAACUGCAUUCGACAGGCCAAGGAGGCUGCAGCCUUGACACAGGUAGACCAGAGUCUGGAGACGGGUCACAGGUUGGUCAGCGAGUCUGGGGAAAUGCAGAUGGUGUUGGAUAUGGAUGGGGACACAGGUCUGAUUGAAGACAAACGUCUCAGUUUGGGUGAGGAGGCUGAGCUGAGUUUGAAUCCUGGGACAGUUGGGGAGAAGGAGACUGGUCCAGGAUUGGACGGCCUGGCUGCUUUGGACUCAGAUGAAGAAACAGGGAGGAGUUUGGAACGGGGGUUCUUUGGAAAGACAGUGACUGCCUGCAGGAUGAUGGAUGGCGAAAGAGGAGGAGGGGGAGUUGUUGAAGGUGUUCAUGUUCUUCCCACCUCCCACUGCUCUGCUGCCAUCUACACAAAUAAGGAAGACCAAGUGAUGGAGGAGGAGCAGGGUGGUGGUGGUGAGGAGGAGGAGGAGGCAGUUCCCAUGGACACCAGCAAACUUGACUCUCUGCAAGCGGAGCCAGAGACCCUGAGGUGCUGAUGCCAACACUAAAAUCAUGACAAACAGGAAGGACUGAUGUGUUCCAGAACAUGAUGUUACUUCAGAACUUCUUUUAGAACAAAGCCCCUUUGUCAGGAGAGCUUAUUUACACCCGCAACUUGUAACGUCCUCAACGGAGAACCCCAGUGCAGAGAACCACAAAGUUGAUCAGUAAAAGCUGGUUUAAGUUCCAGCAGGUUAUCUUGAAGCACUUAACAGCAACAAUUCAUACACUGCAACAGUCCUUGGAGUGACAAAGGAUUUGUCACUUACACAGGCAGAGGUCAGGAACACGGGAGAUCAGGUCAACAGGCAACAAUCUCUUUAGAGGGAGCAGCAGAAGAGUUAUCCAAAAAUACAAGCAGAGGGUCAGUGCACAGAAAUCAAUCAUACCGGAUGAGCCAAUCUGGAAUCAGCAUGCUAGACUCAGGAACCAUGGAAUAGGGCAGCGCAGUCUGGUUUAAACCCUUGUGUUAUUGCCGGAUUUGACCACAUCCGGGGACAGCCGGCAUGAACACGGCAGAGACUAAUCCCCAGUGUGGGAGUUAAAGUACAAACCAUUCAGCCUGGUUCUGUAAACUUAAAAGCAUACUCACCGCCACCGGUGUGCUAGUUUAAGAGAUGCUGGUUUAAAAUGGUUUCCGCUGAAACCGCCAUCCUCCGAAUGUUUUGUGCUGACACUCCGCCCGGGGACUAGUCUCUUCCCACAAAUAGUGUCACUUCUGACGGAAAAAUGGUGCACUGUUUUGUUUUCGACUGCAAUCACCGAAGCAGUCGCGAAAAGUAGGUUUUUUUGGUUCCCAGUGGAGAAGGAAAGAUAAAGCAAAUGGGAGUCACUGAUGUCAAAACAAAAUGGAGCAAAGUGUGACUGAAGGCGUGAUAGGUAUUGUAAUUAAUCUA